AUGGCUGCACUGAGUUGUCUUUUGGACAGUGUUAGACGGGACAUAAAGAAGGUGGACAGAGAACUAAGGCAAUUGAGAUGCAUCGAUGAACUGAGCACACGUUGCCUGUGCGACUUGUACAUGCACCCAUACUGUUGCUGUGACCUGCACCCUUACCCGUACUGCCUGUGCUAUUCCAAGCGAUCACGGACCUGCGGCCUGUGCGACCUCUAUCCGUGUUGCCUGUGUGAUGUCAAGCUGUACUGUCUUCGCCCGUCUCUCAGAAGCUUGGAGAGGAAAGCCAUUAGAGCCAUAGAGGAUGAAAAGAGAGAGCUUGCCAAACUGAGAAGAACAACCAAUAGAAUUCUGGCCUCCUCUUGCUGUAGCAGCAACAUUUUAGGAUCGGUGAACGUGUGCGGCUUUGAACCUGAUCAAGUCAAAGUUCGGGUGAAGGACGGAAAGGUGUGUGUGUCAGCCGAGCGGGAGAACAGGUACGACUGCCUUGGGUCGAAAAAGUACAGCUACAUGAACAUCUGCAAGGAGUUCAUCUUGCCCCCGUGUGUGGACGAGAAAGACGUCACGUACUCCUACGGACUCGGCAGCUGCGUCAAGAUCGAGUCUCCAUGCUACCCUUGCAUCUCUCCCUGCAACCCGUGCAACCCUUGCAACCCCUGUAACCCCUGCAGCCCCUGUAGCCCCUGCAGCCCAUGUGACCCUUGCAACCCUUGCUAUCCCUGUGGGAGCCGCUUUUCCUGUAGGAAGAUGAUUUUGUAA